AUGCCGGACGACGAGCCCGGCGGCACUCCGCCCGUGCCGUCGGGCGCCGACUUCGCGUCGCUGAUCGAGCGCGCGAGGGCCGCCCACGUCGCGGAGGUCGAGCGGCUGCGGCUCGAGGCGCAGCUGCUCCGGCGCGAGCUGCUCGCCGCUCGCGGGGAGCUCGGCGAGCCGCCCGGGCCUGGUCUCGCCGUGGCCGGCCGGGGCAGCGAGGCGCGGGCCGCCGCGGCGGAGGGCCGCGAGGAGGCGGAGGACGCCCUGCCAGAGGCUGCGGAGCUGCGGAGCAGCAGCUCACAGGAGCAAUGUCGCCCUACCCACGCUCAGCGGUCGUCCACGAGCUCCCGUGGCCUAGGACGGAAGAUGACGGGCGAGCGCGUUGGUCUUGACAGGGGCCGCCUGUGGGCGCUUGUGACCAAGCCGGAGUUCGAGGCGACGUUCGCGGUGAUGAUCCUCGCCAAUGCCUUGCUCCUCGUCCUGGAGGCGCAGUACAAGAGCUUCAGCCUGGCCACAAGCACUGGGCACGGGAGCGCAAUCGGCGAAUCUGCGGAUGUGUGGCCAGUGGCCGAGGAUGUCUUCGGCGUGCUCUCCUGGGCGUUCGGCACGGUAUUCCUGUUGGAGCUGGUCCUGAAAGUUGCAGCCUUGCGGUUCGAUUUCGUUACCGAUGCGUGGAACUGGAUGGACUCGAUCGUCGUUUUGGCGUGGUUUUUCAGUGAGGUGUUACAGGUGGGUGCCAACGUGCAGUUUUUGCGGGUCUUUCGUCUAGUACGAUUGGCACGAUUCGCGCGCGUUCUAAAGCUCAUAUCGCGAGGGCGCUCAGACGGCCUAUUCAUUAUGGGAAUUGCACUUGCCGAUAGCAUACCAACAACGGUAUGGGUGUUCCUCAGUUUAUUGGUGGUGCAUUGCUUAUUGGCCUUGGGUAUGAACGAAUUUUUAUGUACGCGUGGUGCUGGCGGAUUCUGA